AUGAACCAAAAGUGCAAAGUGUGCGGGGAGCCAGCUGCUGGUUUCCACUUUGGGGCAUUCACUUGCGAAGGAUGUAAGUCGUUCUUCGGACGGUCGUACAACAACCUAAACUCCAUCACGGAAUGCAAGAAUAAUGGAGAAUGCGUCAUCAACAAGAAGAACCGGACCGCCUGCAAGGCGUGCCGUUUGCGGAAGUGCCUCAUGGUCGGGAUGUCAAAGUCUGGCUCGAGAUAUGGCCGGAGGUCCAACUGGUUUAAGAUUCACUGUCUCUUACAAGAGCAGCAGCAAGCCGCGCAGACGCAUUCUCCACCGCGAGUUCCGCCCUCCCCACACCACAUGGCACCGCCUUUCCCGCCACAUCUGUUCCCGGGACUAGCGAGACCGAGAUCGAAAGAAGAGUUAGCGCUCUUGGGCUUGGAUGACUACAAACCUUCAGGAUCCCCAGACUCUCAUCGCAGCGAUUCCUCUCCAAAAUUAGAUGAAAAAUCCAGGAUCACACAUUCACGCCAAUCGGAAAGACCGCUUACCCCACCGAGAGAUUUCGUGCCUCUCCCGCUAGCCAACAUCUCCUUGCCGCACUUCCCUCACUCGCCUUUUCUCCCCCCACCACCAUUCAGCCCAAUUGACGACCACAACACUGAAUCGUCUAAGAGAUUCUUCUUGGAUGAAAUAUUGAAACAGCAGCGCUCAGUACCGACACCGCAAGAGGAUAUAUCAGAAGCGGAGUUCGUACCCACGCCCCCAGCGGAGAGGAGAACUUCAGAGUCUCCCCUACAAGAGAACCCAAUGGAUCUGUCGGUAAAAUCAGACGGCAGAUCUAGUUCGGCCCGGCGGCGGUCCGACGAUAGCGAAAUGAUAGCCCCAGACCACGACGACCCAGAGUCGGGGAGCGAUCGCGCUUCCGUCAGCGAAGAGGAGGACGUCUCCUAUCCCCAAAUUAAGAGAAUCAAACUCCACCCCCUGGAUUUAACGACCAAAGUCUGA